GCUCCAUCCAACCUACUGGACAAUCGCUUGAUAUUCACCACCAGAAACCAAGCGAGACUUGCAGGGUAUUGAGGGAAAAUUCACAGAAGACUUACAUUCACUGGGACUGGUGACCGAGAGCUCAGGAGCAAAAAGACACAGUCGUCACUUUCAAGAGACAAGAAGUCAAGGGAGCUGUUAAUGCAACAUGAUCCAAAGGGUCUCGCACUAAAUAUACCACUGUGUCAGAGAGUGGCACUAGCUCUUUCUCCUGAUUCAACAGGUAACUUUUUUUUUGUUUAUUUCAACAGCAAAGACAUUUUAGAGAGGUUAAUGAUCUAAAGAUUCAAAAAUGUAACUACAGAUCACUCAAGAUUUUUUAAUUUAGUUCAUGUCACAGCCAUACAAUCCCUCUUUUUAAGUCACUAUGAAAAAAUUAGAUGGGAGCACAUCCCCAAAGAAAGGGGCAGGUGAAAAAAUUGAUCCCCCCAGCCCCGUCGUCCCACCAAAACGUUCCAAAGUGAGCCCAGAGCGAGUGUUUGCCGAGCCUAGAGGACCCGCUCAUCUGAGCCCGACUCCUCCGGUUUUCACGCGCAAAAUGCGGAAUGCCGCCGUCGGGACGGGUUGCGACAUCCGGCUUAAGGUGACUGUUUCUGGAGACCCCCAGCCUUCCCUCUAUUGGUACCACAAUGACGAGCUCCUCAACAUGGAAAACCAGGAAUACGGAGGCCUCUGGAUUAGGGAUUGCAAGCCCACUGAUGCUGGCCUCUACACCUGUAUUGCCAAUAACCACCUGGGGGAGGCCCGGAGCAGUGCUGUUCUAGCUGUCUUGGAUCUUGGUGAAGAAUCAGACAGCAGUGAGGACGAAGGAGGAGUCCAAUUUGAGACCAAUGACAAUAGUGUGGAUUAUAAGGACCAUGCAGUGCAUUCAGUGAUGGACAAACAUGCAGAUGAUGAAACCAGAACACGGGAAGAUUUCACUAAAACAAGGAGCCAGCCAAAUGAUUCUCCAAGAGGUUCUCCACCAGAGGUUCUCCCACCCCCAUCCCCAAGACUCGUCAAACGUCCCUCCACCUCUCCAAUGCCAAGUCGCUCUGGUUCAACGACACCUCUCAGCUUGCAGAAAAAAGUUGCUGUGCCAGUAGAAUACCAAGACACAGUGCCUGCAGAGUUUGAAGAAAAGAUUAAAAUGCCCAAAUCCUCAAAUAACACUCAGGAUUCACGACCACAAACUCCACUGAGCGAGUACUCCCGAAAAGAGUUUACCCCCAGACCAUCCCCAAAGCUUACAAGGGCAAGUUCGAAAGUUUUUGAGAAGGUUCGUGACUUGGAGGAAAGAAGGCGAAGUCUGGAAUUUCCCGAAGGUUCCAUAACAGGGCGAUCCUGGGCAGGGUUCAAUCGAGCGGGUUCUGUCGACUCAGAUGAUGGAGGUAGCCGGUUGGGUAUCUCCAGGGAAAGUUCCAGGGAAGAUUUAAGAGAAGCUCUCAAAGAAGAUGCAGCAGAACGUAGAUUCAUGUUUAAACAGAGAGCUGCUUCACUUGAGGAGAAACCUCGCUAUUCUCAAAAGGUCCAGGACAUUGAAAACAAGUUCACUGAGGAGUUGCAGCGCAUAAAGAAGCUUGUCGGUAAACCCCAUUUGAAGAAAUCUUUUUCAACAGAACAGCUCACUUUGAAGGCGAGACAGCGCCAGCCUUUCAGGAAAAUUGAACCUAUUCCCCUAAAGGUCCUUCAGAGACUACAAGAAAGGGAACGUUCUCAGUGGGCCAAAGAGCAAAAAGGACUCAAUCCGGGACAGCAAACGCUAGAGCAUCGGCAUUCUCAAAUCCAAAACAGCACAAGUACUGGUAUCACCAAUAUAAAAGACACCACAGAGUCAAUGCAGUUAUCUGACUUGCCGGGAGUACGAUCACUUCGAGAGUUUAGUCGUGUCAGCCCAGUUAAAGAAAUAAUUCAGAGGUCAUCAUCACCAGCGAUAUUCCUUCAACAAAUGGAAGACUCACCAAGUAAAACGGGUUCACUUAUACAAACGGUUUCAAGGAGCCAAGAAUCUCCGCAUAGCUCUGAAUUUCAGAAGCAAAUACAACAUAAUGAGACCUCGGGAAGAAAGACACCAAAAGAAAUGACAUUGAGAAAAGUGGAAAACAGGCCUGAAAGUCCACUAGUACAAAAAUGUGCUGUCACUGCUCAAGAUAUUAGCUGUCAAACAUCCCCCAAGCCCGCUAGGAUGAUACAAGCCGAUCCAUUGGAGGAAAAAUUGAAGGUGGAUCUCCCGAAACAAGCCCCAAAUAUAAAAAUCCCUAUGAUUGUUGUGGAAGGUGAAGGUGUUCCCGUGGGAACAAAUGAACCUCAACAAGCCAAACGACAACUGCAGAAGACCAAAGUCAAGCACCGUCGCCCACGACCAAUGUCUCCUGAAAUGGAUUCUUCAGAUGAUUCCUAUAUUUCUGCCGAAGAGGACCCGAUGGAAGCGCCUGUGUUUGAGUUUCCCCUUCAACAUACGGUCGCCAAAUGUGGCUCAGAUGUGCUGCUAAAAUGUAUCAUUUCUGGCAAUCCUAUUCCUGAAGUAACCUGGACAAAAGACAACUUGGAAGUCACCAUCUUUUCAAAUUAUGUCAUCAAAGUGGAAGGUGAAAGACACAGUUUACUCAUAAAAUCGGUCCAAAAGCGCGACGGUGGAAACUACAGCAUAACAGCUGUCAACCAAGAAGGCAAACUGACCAGUAACGCUACGCUCACAAUUAAAGAAGAACUUAUUCAGGAGCCUAAGGGUGUCCUGGGUGUUCCGAUGGACAUCAGCAGCCCCAUCACAUCGGACGAGGAGUACCUCAGUCCCCUGGAGGAAGCCAUAGAUUUUAGUUCUCAACAGCCAAUAAGGACACUUGACACCAAAUUCAAGAAAGCUCCUGCAUUUCUGGUAACAAUGACUGAUCAAGCUGUUGUUGAAGGACAGGAAGUCACCAUGUCUGUACGAAUAAGUGGUCAACCAAAACCUUUACUGUAUUGGUUGAGAGACAGAGUUACAGUGAAAAGUGGUCCCCGUCAUAUUGUACGGGAGACAGAUAACGGAACUUUUGAAAUGACCAUUAAGUCGGCCCUGAGGUCCGACGCUGGGAUUUACACGUGUAAAAUCAUCAAUGAGUUCGGAACAAAACAGUGUGAAGGCAAGCUGGAGGUAAAAGUACGAGCAGUUGAGCCAAGCUUGGCUGUCAUCCGGCCGGUGAGAGACAUUACAGCGAACGCAGGCGAGACUGUGCUAUUUCAGUGUCACGUCAUCGGGCCGCAAGACACAGACGUGGACUGGCUGGCCAAUGGGAAACUGAUCCAGCCUGCAUUACUCAACUGCAAAAUGCACUUUGAUGGAAGAAAAUGUCGCCUACUUCUUAAUUCAGUCCACGAGGAUGAUAGUGGGACAUACACCUGCAAGCUGAGCACAGCUAAGGAGGAAAUUACUUCAUGUGGAAAACUAAGAGUGAUUCCCUCAAUUGAGCCUCUCUUUACUCGCAAACUGGAUGUUCUGGAAGUCAUCGAGGGCCGCAACGCUCGAUUUGACUGCAAAGUCAGCGGGACCCCGCCGCCAAAGGUCAUCUGGACUCACUUUGAUCACACGCUCAUCGAGAGUGAGGAUGUUCGCAUUCUUCUGGAGAAUGGCCGUCACUCCCUCAUUAUCUCUCACGCGACCAAUGAUGAUGAAGGUUUCUAUACUGUGACAGCAACCAACAGUCACGGCGAGGCUGAAUGUUCUGCUGAACUCUACAUACAAGAGCCACGGCCGGCCAUCUCCUCACAGAUGGCUAAACUGGAGAAGAUGCCAUCCAUACCAGAGGAGCCUGAGGUCCCUGAGAAUGAAGUUGAGCGUUUCACAAUGCCCGACUUUAGCAAGCCCCUUUAUGAUCUGGAUGUCAUUGACGGAAAGGAGGCUGUUCUCAAAUGUAAAGUGGCUGGAUUGCCAUAUCCCACCAUUGCCUGGUUCCACAACAGCAAAAUAAUUGAAAGUACAGAGGACAGAAAGAUGACACAAUUUCGCGAUGUCCACAGUUUGGUCAUACGCUCAGUGAGUCAUGCGCACGGUGGUGUCUACAAGAGCGUAAUAUCUAACAAAAUAGGCAAGGCGACUUGCUACGCUCAUCUCUAUGUCACAGAUACUCUCCCUGAUCCUCCAGAUGGGACUCCAGUGAUAGAGUCUAUCACUGGUAAAGUGAUCACCCUGAGAUGGAAGAAGCCAAGGAGACUGGACCCUUCCAUUGAGCCCAACUCCUUGAUGUACGCCAUCCAGCAACAAGCCCUUGGCUCCAUCCAAUGGACAAUUAUCGCAUCAGGCCUGAAGGAGACCACCUACACCAUAAGCACAUUGUCCAAAGGUGUGCGCUAUUUAUUCAGGGUCUUGACCAUCGCCUCCAAGGCCUUGAGCAAACCCUCACCUGCCACAGACCCAGUGCAACUGCUGGACCGAGGUCCCUAUCUUCAAGAAGCUCCAGUGAUUAUAGAUAAACCAGAAAUUGUAUAUGGGAUGGAAAACCAGUCAGUAACCGUCACCAUCACCAUCAAUCAUGUCAAUGCUGCCGCCAUCUGGAAAAGGAGGGGAGCGGUUUUGGACAAUAAGCACGGCGUGUAUGAAAUGAUAAUGCCAGACGACGAUCAGCACACACUGAAGCUGACGGAAGUGAAGAGCGCCGACAUUGGAGAGUUGAUGUUUGUUGCAUCCAACAAGCAUGGGAGCGACAGCUGCACAUUCAGUGUGGAAAUGGCAGCUCCCCCAACAUUUGAGACUAUAAUGGAGGAUAUUGACGUUUGCGCUGGGGAGACCCCUCGCUUUGCUGUGGUUGUUGAGGGGCGGCCGAUUCCUGACAUACUCUGGUUCAAGAGUGAUAUUUUGCUUUCUGAGGGCAGCCAUUACACAUUUGUGUAUGAUGAUAACGAAUGUUCCCUGGUGGUCCUCAACGCUUGCCCCGAAGAUUCGGGAGUGUACACUUGCACUGCGAGGAACCUGGCAGGCUCCGUAUCCUGCAAAGCCGAACUCACCGUUCAUGAAGCUUUAAGUAAAGAGGAGCCGAUGGAAGACGAGGCGACCAUUAUGAGGAAAAUGCGACGACUGACUGACCAUUAUGACAUUCACCAGGAAAUUAGAAGAGGCACAUUUUCCUAUGUGAAACGCGUGACCAAGAAGGUAGACAAAACAGAAUACGCGGCCAAGUUUAUCUCCACACGGGCCAAGAAGAAAACCUCAGCUCUCCGAGAGAUGAGCCUGCUCUCCAAGAUGGACCAUGAGCGAGUUGUCUUCUUCCAUGAUGCCUUUGAGAAAAAGAAUGCAAUUAUCAUCAUCACUGAACUCUGCCACGAGGAGAUUCUUGACAGAUUUACACGGAAAUCUACACUCAUGGAGUCUGAUGUACGUUCGUGUAUCAGGCAAUUGCUGGAGGGAGUGGAUUAUCUUCAUCAUGUUAACAUUAUGCACCUUGAUAUCAAGCCUGAUAACAUCCUUGUGGCAGACGCACACAGUGAUCAGCUGCGAAUUUGUGACUUUGGCAAUGCAGUGGAGAUCACCCCAGAUGAGGCUCAGUAUUGCAAAUAUGGCACACCAGAAUUUGUUGCGCCAGAAAUUGUUAACCAGACCCCUGUAUCAAAACCGACUGAUAUCUGGCCAGUUGGAGUUAUUGCAUACCUGUGUUUGACAGGAGUUUCUCCAUUCGCUGGUGAAAAUGAUCGUAGCUCCGUCCUGAACAUCAGGAACUACAACGUAGCCUUUGAGGAAACCAUGUUUGCUAAUCUUUCUAGAGAAGCUAAAGGUUUCAUCAUUAAACUGCUUGUAGCAGACAGACUGAGACCUGAUACUCAAGAAUGUCUUAGACAUCCGUGGUUCAAGACUCUUAGUAAGGGGGCAAUUAUCUAUACUGAGGCAUUGAAGAAGUUUGUGUCUCGAAGAAAAUGGCAGCGUUCAAUAAUUAGCUACAAAUCUAAAAUGGUCAUGAGGUCCAUUCCUGAGUUGCUGAAUGAUUCUUCGAGUCACAUCUCCAUUGCAGUUCCGAGACACCACAAAGACAUUUCGCCAUUACCUUCAUCAUCCUCUGAUUCCGAUGAAGGCAUUGAUGAACUUCCCUUCAUUCCAAUGCCACUCAACAUGGAAUUCUCUGGAUCGAGGAUGUCACUUAAUGACAUCCAGACCAAUGAGAAGGAGUCAGGGAACCAGAAUGGAACAAGUAAACGUUCUGUGUCUGCUGUCCAAGAGACAACUGAACACGAUGCAGUUCCAAUGAACAAAGAAAGACUUGAAUUGACAGGUAAAAGUCUACAACAGGAAAGAACAAUGCAAGAUGAUAAUAUUGGUGCCUCAGAUGAAGAAUUACGUGCCAAGCUGCCUCAAAAAGCUCUGAAAAUAAAGCCUCUACAAAGGGGUUCCAGCAUGGAGUCAGAUAAACCUGAGGGUGUGAGACGAAAAGGAGAGCUGAGACGUGGAGGUUCAGCCGACAGUGCUUUGCUACUUCGGAUCACACCAGAGGAAGGAGUUGGAGGAAACCAAGAGGGUGGAAGAAAAGUUCUGAAGAAAGCUGCCUCGAUGGAACUACCAAAGCGAAGCACCAGUCCAGGAACUGCCAAGAUGAGCCAAGAAGAUUAUGCUCUGAAGCUAGAGUUGAUGAGGCAACGAUUGCUUCGUGGAGGUUCCAUGGACAAAAAGAUGAGUGGAUUGCGAGGUCCUCUAUUAGAGACAUUAGGAAUGGGUGAUGAAAAAGGUGCGAUUUCCUCAGAUCGCUAUUCUCGUACCACCCGCCUAGGACCUCCUUCGCUAACGAAAGCAGCAUCCAGUGACUCACCCAGAGACGACAUUUCCAAACCCAAGGUUUUGAGCAAAAGUGCUUCCUUCAGUCAAGGUGAUUCAGAACCAAUAGCUUUACACCGACGGUCAGGUGCUCCUCUUGAGAUUCCUUUGGCACAGGUGGAAGAGCGACGACUCAAGGAAGCUAUAUCUAUGUCAGCUCUCACCGAGCAAACAAAGCUAGACUCCUGCCCAGGAACUCCCCGAGAGCCUUCACCAAAACCGCCAACGCCAGAGUAUGUCCUGAAGGACAGUCCCAUUAAAACUGAAAGCAAGGAAUCAUUAAGGGAGAAAGAGAUAAGACCUGAUGAAACUAUUAGUGAAAAGAAAGAAGGGGUGGUUACAGACAGUAAUUUUGAUGAGAGGUCAAGUACAAGCGGCUUCUCUGAGAAGGACUUGAGCAUAUCAGAGGAGGUAUUAAAUGAAUCAGAGGUUGUGGACCACAUUGUUCCUUCACCAUCUGUUGCGGUCCAAAGCUCUGAAAUCGAGGAAAAUGUGGAGGAAGAAGUAGAGGCAAAAGAAAAAGAUGAAAAAGAACAACUACACAAACAGGUCAAAGCAAGAACAAAAGCUGUGUAUAAAGAAAAUGCACCUGAAGAAAUGUUACAUGGAAAAGAAAUAACGCCUGUUAAAUCAUCAGCUAGGAUUACCUCAACCUCAGUUAUUGUUAGACCAAUGCAAGAAUACUCUGACACAACAAGACAAGUUCCACCUCAUUCAACCCCUGCACAGGUGCUUCUUCCCGAUGGAAGGACUUCAGCAUAUGCUAGUAUUAUGCAGACAAUCAUCGUCCCUUCCCUUCAGCCUGUCAAUGGCCCACCACUCGGCCUGUCUAGCCCAGUUGAUGUCCUCAAUACUGCGUCAGUUCCUUCAUUAACAGAUGUAUUUGUAACUGCAUCAUCGCUACCCAAACCACACAUUGUGUCAACUACCGAGCAUCCGGCCGUAUACUCUCGAGUAGCCUCACCAGAAACCAUAGCAAAAGAGCCUAGUCUGCCAAACACGACCACACUUUCUCCUCAACAAUUUGUAGGAGUGGACCUAGAAGACAUUUCCUCUGAAGAGGUUUUCGAGGCCCGCUUCAAAAAACGUGACUCUUCCUUGACAAGAACUUUGAAAUUGUUGUCUCGAUCAAAGAAUGAGGACAAAUCACAUAUACCUUCUUCAGAUUCAACACAGUCAGGUGAGGUGGUAUACAGACCCGGUCCACUGGGUGCCCCACUGGAAUUGGCACAGAGGAAACUUGAGGAAAAGUCCAAGUCGGUCCAGGAUCUUCGUGAAGCUCAAAAAGACCAAGGUUUUAUGAGGAGGCUUUCCCUGCGAUUGAGGAGAACUCCAUCAACGGAACGCAAAGAGGAAGUGACCAAAGAAGAAGAUUCAGUGCCUUCAAGACACAGGUUAUCUUGGACUCUUGGAAGAAAAGGAUCGCAAGAUAAGAAGGAAGUGGAGAUGAUGCGCAUGGAUGGUGGAGCUGACAACGCUGUUGAAAAAGAGGAAAUGGAUCCUAAAAAGUCCAAUGAAUCUCCAAUCUUGACGAUGCGCAGGAAGAUUGAAUCAACAGUGGCCAGCAUCUCAACCAGAAUUCGCAGCUACUCAGAAGAAAGGAGAGCAUCAGAAGAGAAGGAACAAAAGAAGACGCCAAUUUUCUCCAUGCAUCGUCGGGCAACAUCAGAAAACCGUGGCAUAAAAGUUACCAAUGUACCUCAGAACCAGCUGGCAUUUCAGGCUGGCAGUGGAGCGCUAUCUGAGUCACUGGACUCAAUGUCCAGCUUAAAGUCAGACACGUCAAAGGGUGCCGAAGGGGAGCGAAGAUCUCGCUGGGAUCGAUGGGGUCUGACCCGAGGUAGACGAUCCAAGACCAUAUCACAACCUGAUAUACCCACGGCAAUUUUCAGAGAUACAAGUUCCCAACCGUCGCGCCAAUAUUCAAGACUGGCAUCCGAUUUUCCUCCAGUUUUCCACAUUAAGCUAAGAGAUCAUGUCCUGCUUGAGGGGGAUCCAGUGACGCUCAGUUGCCUGCCUGCAGGAAGCCCUCACCCACACAUCACCUGGAUGAAAGAUAAGAAACCCUUGGAGAUAGACGCAAGGAUGAACAUGAUAGCCUGCCCCGAUGGCCGACAGCUUCUAAUGAUCAUGCAGACCACCAAAAAGGACGCAGGGGUCUAUGAAUGUGUUGCGACAAGCCCCCUGGCUUCGAUUUCCAGCUCUUGCACAAUUUCCCUUGCACGUCUGCCCAAUCGACCUGGAACACCCGAGAUCCCUCAGAAGUACAACAACACAGCUUUGGUGCUGUGGAGACCCUCAGACACCACUGCGCCUUGCACAUAUUCUCUGGAGAGGAAGACUGAGGGAGAGACCAACUGGUUGAUGGUGGCCACAGGGGUGGAUGACUGUUACUACAAUGUGGUUGAUUUACCAGCAGGGGGCGCCUUCAGAUUUAGGGUGGCUUGUGUUAACAAGGCUGGCCAAGGCCCGUACAGCAACCUCUCUGAAGUAGUUCGUCUGGGUGCGUCAGAACCAGCCGAGUCCAGUGUACCAGUGGUAGUCAAGACUGCCCCGACCACAAGUCCUUCAGCCCCUGUGUUGAUGAUGUCAUCGAUGAUAAUCCCACCGAUGAAACCGGCUCCAAGUAAAGCCCUAACGCAGACACCUGUCCCACUUGCCCCUUCCUCAACUUGUCCCGCACCAUUAACAAAAUCCCCCUCCCCCAAAAACGCCCAGCCCACGGCACAUACUGAAAUGAAACAGACACUCUCCGUGAGUGUGUCCCCUUUUGUAACAGCACCAGCUCAGACCAACACGACUGUACAAACUGCAGCAGGCAAAGCAAAGUCCAUUCUCAGUGUCGGUGUGGGAAAACCUCAACCCAAGACAACACCUCCGCCCGUUGUCCCACCCAAACCCCAGACACCUGUAAAGGUAAUCAUUACCAGCAAAGCUCCCUCUCCUGUACCUCCACCCGCCCCCAUCAUUGGGAAACCCAUCUCCUCAGUGCCGAUGUAUGCGCCGACUGCCAGUGCUCUUAUUACACCAUCUUCUCAAUCCGUCGUCAUGCCAGCAAUCACCACUCCCUCAGUCUCUGCUGUGAAAGUCUCCCCACCAGUGGUGGUGUUGCAGAGCUUAACACCGGUGCUGAAAGGCAGGGACAGUCAUGCUACCCCCUCAGAGCAGGUGACUCCGUCGGGACGGGUCACCCCGUCAGGACGGGUCACCCCAUCUGGACGGGCGACACCCUCUGGACGAAGGACACCUCUCGGCAAGCCUGGAGAAGGGUAUCUCCGCCAGGGAGUUCCUCAGAAACCCUAUACAUUCAUGGAUGAGAAGGCCAGGGGCCGAUUUGGCGUGAUCCGGGAGUGCCGUGAAAAUGCUACGGGAAACCUAUUCAUGGCCAAGAUCGUCCCGUACGAAGCUGACACCAAGCAAGCAGUGCUGCAGGAAUACGACAUCCUGAAGUCGCUUCAUCACGACAGGAUCAUGGCGCUGCACGAGGCUUAUGUCACGCCACGCUACCUGGUGCUUAUCUCCGAGUACUGCAGUGGGAAGGAGAUGCUCCGAAGUCUCGUAGACAGGUUUCGUUACUCAGAGGACGACGUGGUGAGCUACAUUGUGCAGGUCCUCCAUGGGUUGGACUACCUCCACACCAGAAGAAUUCUCCACUUGGACAUCAAGCCCGACAACAUCAUUGUCACGCACAUGAACGUCAUCAAGAUCAUUGACUUUGGCAGUGCUCAGAACUUCAACCCACUUUUCCUCAAGCAGUUCAGCCCACCUGUUGGCACGCUGGAGUGCAUGUCUCCAGAGAUGUUGAAAGGGGAUGUGGUGGGCCCCCCAGCUGACAUCUGGUGCGUGGGUGUGAUCACUUUCAUUAUGCUGAGUGGCAGGUCGCCUUUCAUGGAAAAUGAUCCCCAGCAGACUGAGAUGAAGAUCCAUGCUGCGAAGUUUGACCUCUCCAAACUCUACCAAAACGUCUCCCAAAGUGCCUCACUAUUCCUCAAAAAGAUCCUCUGUAGCUACCCAUGGGCCCGGCCUUCAAUCAAGGACUGUUUCAAUAAUUCUUGGCUUCAAAACGCUUACCUGAUGCGUCUUCGUCGACAGACUCUUACCUUUACAACCACCCGUCUCAAGGAAUACUUGACCGACCAGCAGCACAGACGAGAGGCAGUGGCAACUCAGCAUAAAGUUCUCCUUCGAUCCUAUCAGAACUCUCCACAAACCCCUACCAGUCCCGUCCCACCGGCUCUACCGAUUUCCCCUGUCCCCCAUUAAAAUUACAUUUCUGAACAUGAGUUGCUGACACUGAAGAAGAACGUGAGGAGUAUCCACAGUGUUGGACAUUGAGUUGCUCGGUCAAGUCAAGCCUUCGGGUCUGAGUUGUUGAACUUGGUUGGCAAAAGACAAAAAACUGCAAGUUACACUUUGCCUGAAUCCUUUUUUUGUUUUGUUACCUACCUUAAUCUACCACAGGACGUUACCUCAGUGUUUGUAACUUUGAAUGUGUUUUCGGUUAAAUGCUAUUCUUAUACCUAAAAUGAUCUCAUGCAAUUUACAUGCUGUGAACAGCCCUUAAAAUAAAACAAUUUUAAGGUUAAUUAAUUUGUUACAGAGACAGAGAGUCCUUCAUCCUUUUUUUAAAAGCCUUGUGUUUGUGCUACCAGUAACAGUGAUUUAAAAUAUUGGCACAGUUUUAAAGACUUAGUUUGUUUUUUUAAAUCUGCACUGAGCUUAAAGGAUGCAUUGGAGGAUGUCCCACAAGGGCUGCUUAGAUUAAUACUUAGACUAGGACUCUUAACAUUACGGCAAGAAAUGAGUAUUUGAAUCUCAGGAGAUGUAUUUAUUUAAAAAACGUGCCAUUCUAAAAUAGGAACAGUUUGCUCUGGGUGAUAUUCUGUUCAGUCGCGGGAGUCGAAAAAAAAAUGUUUGGGUGGCUUCCAACUCACAUUAUUUGCUUCUUCUGCCUGCUUCAUAGACCAGCUUGGGUUCUCAAUAUUCACACUCACCUUAGAGUUCAGCAGUCCGUUGCUGGACUCAGUAUUUCAAGACCUACAUUUAUAUGCUAAAUUCAGAGAAAGUGUAUAAAUUUGUCCUGUUUACAACUUAAACUGAACGUACAUGAAAAAAACGGGGAUUUUUAAACUGGAUCGUAAACAUGCUGCUUCCACAUGACAAAAAAUGAGUGUAAUUUCAAAAAUUGGUGGGCAGAAUGCUAAGUGGAUUAGCCCGUGUGCCUGACAGUUCUGGUUCCGAGUUCCGAGUCUCUUUUCGUACAACUUCCUCCCACAUUUCAAAAAUAUGUAUUUUAAGUUAAUUGACGACUCUAAAUUGUCCUUAGAUGUGAAUGUGAGUGUGAAUGGUUGUUUGUCUGUAUGUGCCUUGCGAUUGACCAGUCUGGUCUCUACCCCACUUGUCACCCAAAGUCAGCUGAGAUAGGCUUCAGCCAUAGAAAAUGAGUGCCAUAGAAAAUGAAUGGCUGGAUAGCAUCAUUUUGCGUAUUCUUUUAUCGUUUCUAGAUACUGUAAUGAUUUUGCUUGGUAAACCCUGCCCCUUUUCUGGAGUUCUUUGUCAUUUCUCAAGUUCCUGUGUGGACAAGAAGCACCGAAGGAGUGUUUUUAAUCUAAACAACAAAACAUGCAAGUUCAGCAAGAGAAUGUAAUUUUGAGUUACACCCGCUACACCUUUGUAAUGUAUUGAUUGACGUAUAUACUAUAUAAUCACACAGCAGAGUUUUCUGAAAUAAUGAUGAUACACAUUUUGUAUGAAAUAUGAUUCUGUAUUUUGUGAACAGUGUGUUGCGGUGCCUCACGAUGGAUGAUAGACUCACAGAGAAAACAGUUCCUUUAACGAAUUAAUUGUUUUCUACUCUGAUGACUACUAUGAAUGUGACUUCUCUCUGUUUGUGGUUCACAUUUGUUUAUUUAUUGAGUGAUGGUUUGUUUCAGCUUCUGCUUUUUAUUUUUUGUGACUUGUUUUGGCAUGGAAAAGGGCAUGAUAGAAGGCUAUGCAAUAAAGAA